AUGGAAAGCGUUUUAGCGCUGCAGCGGAAGGAAUCCUUCUUGAUUUUUCAUCUCGAUGCUACAUUUAAGCUCAGCGAUCUCGGAUACCCAGGGGCUCAGAACCCUGAAGUUGCAACCCGACUCCAAGAAUCCAGUGGCGUAAUCAACGGAAACGCAAGUGUCGCAGGCCAGAGACGGGAGACAGCUGAUCCGAAGAACACUUCCGAAGUCGCCGCCUCCCAGCUAAGAGCGACCCUCGCGCAGACUUCCGCCGACACUUCCGGCAGAAUUGCGCGCGGCAAGCGGGGACAUGGAGCUGCGGAGACCAAGGUGACGCAGGAUAUCAAGCUGGAGCCUGUGUCUCUGGGGAAGACGUCGGAUCCCAGAAGAACAGCGGCCUCAAAGGCCUCGCAGGACGCUAAGGCAGACUCCAAGCGCUCUGCGCCCAAGAAACACCAGCAGAAGAAGAAGCGUCAGGAUGUCAAUCCACCCUCGGACUCAGACCCAAGCUCCGAUUCCAGCGAUAAUGACUCGUCCUCUGAGAGUUCGGAUGACAGUUCGGACGAGAACCCUGGGGCUAACCUGACGACGGCCUCUACGGCUCAAGCCGGCACUACGCUCCUGACGUUCCGACCGUACAUCAACUCGAAUACUCUGGGUGAGUUCGACACUAAGGCGUCACUCAGAGAACGCGUGCAUUGGUGGGAGCGUUAUGCGAACAUGACGGCUCAGGGAGGCUGGUCUACGAAGAUGCGAAUUCAGGAACUCAAGUUGAAACUCUCGGGAGCUGCGCGUGACUGGUUCAACCAGUUGCCCAAGCACACUCAGCGUGACUGGAAAGAGUUGUCGUCUGCAUUCAGGAGGACGUACUGCAAAGCGCGCUCGUCGUACUCUGAACGCUACUUCACGAUGGAGAUGAAGACCUCAGAGAGCGCCCUGGAUUUCUUCUAUCGUCUGUAUUCCGCCGCUGGGAAGGCUGACAUUGACUUUCGCAAGUCUUCGAAGCGUCUGGAGAAGCAUAUCCGGAGAUUUAUCACGAAACUCAGGGACACGCGCCUCAAGACGUCGCCCCAAGGUCAGAGAUUCAGAAGUAUCGUUGAUCUGGAGAGUAUGCUUUGA